CCAGUCUGCCGGUGCCAUGGUUACGCUUCCUGUUUAACACCGCGGCGUGCGCAGCUGGAGGGUUUGCAAAGAGCUCUGCGUGACCCGGAGCUGCGUGAUCGGGGCGACGGGGCGUCUCCAGGGGCCGCGGCCCGGCUAUGGAAGAUGAUGAUGUAAAACUUGAAGAAGAAAUAAAUAUAGAAUUGAGCAGAAUCAGUGUUACUUCCCUUGAAGUGGAUGAUCUCAACACUGAUUUAUCAGCAGAAGCUUGGAGUGAUGGUGAAACAACUUCAGAUGAAUUACCAGAAUCAGUUCUGUACUGUCUAAAUGUUGUGAAGAACAGAAGUCAAAAUGCUGAAAAUCUUAUACUGCAAGACUUGGAAGAUGAAGAAACCACAAGUGACAUCUAUCGAGUAGUUUCUAGCCAGGCUUCAGAGUACUUGGCAGAAUUGGCUUCUGAAUACAAUGAAGAUCCAGAUGCAUUGAAGAAGAGGAUACUGUCUGAAAUAGAAAAUGAAGAAUUGCAGACCAGAGCAACUUCUGAUAGUGAUAAUCAACCCAUCAAUGAAGAUAUAACUUGCAGAGUGGUUGCUGAUGAGCGCUCUGUCACAGAUAAUGGUGACAUGACCAUUAGCUUUACUUACCAUGAAGUAGAGGAAAGGUGCCGGCAAGAAUUUGAGCUGUGGGAGGAGCGACAAAAAGAACUUGAAGACCAGAAAAGGAAACAGCUGAAAGCUGAGAGGGAACUAGAGGAAAAACAAAAUGAAGAGGAAAAGAAAAGAAGACAACUGUAUCUGGAGGAAUUUGAGGCUGAAAGGAUGAAGUUAGAGAUGCUUCAUAAGCAGCAACAAGCUAUGAUGGAAGAUGAGUUACUGAAAGAAAAGGAAGUUUGGAGAGAGAAGUUUAGGCAACAUGAGGAAUUGAUCAAAAGACUACAGUUGCAAAUAGAAGAGGAGAAAAGGGCCUUUGAAGAGCAGAAAGCAAAAGAAAGACAACACUUGGCAGAGCAGUGGAAUAAAGCAGCUGUUAAAAUCCAAGCUAGAUUUAGAGCAUUUAUCGUGUACAGAAAAUAUGCUCCUAUCUUAAAAGAAUGGAAAGCGGAAAUUAAAAGGAAGAAGGAACUGCAACAAAAAAUGGAGAGAGAAAAGAGAGAAAAGGAAGAAAAAAUGAGGAGACGGAUACAGGAAAGGAAGCAAAAAGAAGAGGAGUUGAGAAAGAGACAAGAAGAAAUAGAAAGACAAGCACAUAUGGAACAGGUGAGGAGGCGUGAGGAAUAUGAAAAGAAGAAAGAAAGUCUCAGGCUUGAACGAGAAAAAAGCCUUCAGCUAGAAGGACCAAGAGGGCAACAAGGAGCAAAACAAAAAGAGAAAAUAGCAAUAAAUGCAGUGGCUGAAAAUAGAGACAAAGACACACAAAUAACAAAGGAAGAAAAAGAGAGAGAAAAUGUAAAAGACCAAAGAGAACAGGAAAAGGAGCAGAAGAAACAGAUACUGGAAAUAACAGAAGAGGAAGAGAAACAAGAAGAAAAACAUGUUGGAAAGAUACAAGAGGCAAAUAAUUCAGAGAAUACAAAAGACGGAAAACAGACACCACCGAACUCUGAGAAGAAAGAAGAGUCUCAUGAUAAAAGUAAUGAAAAUGAAGAUGGGUAUGUGAUGACACAUACAGGAAAAAGUUCCCUACAAACUAUGGAUCUUGAUAAAAAUACAAAUACGAAUAUACUGGAUAGAGAAGCCGUUGUUCUUGUAGCUAAUGAUGCAAUCUCAAAUAAGGAAAACAGUAAGCACAAUAGUCAGUGGAAUUUGGAGGCCCAGCCAGAUAACAGGAACAGUGAACACAAAGUGCAAUCUUGUAAGUUUGAAACAAUUAAAACAGCAGAGGUUGUGAUGAAGAAAAUUCAAGAGGAAGUUGCUGAGGAUUGGGACAAAAAUGAGAGUGUAAUUAAGUAUUUUGAGAGGCCACUAACGCUACCUGAUAAUGUUGAAAAGAAGAGGCUAACUUGGAUGACGAUGUGUAAACCUUGGUCUAAAAUUUAUAGGGAAAACCAAAGAAAGAAAGUAGUUAAAAGAAGCAGACCAAGAAAACCCUCAGAUAGCAAGAUGCCUCCAUUAAGUGUAGAAAUGAUUAUUCAAUGUGGCCCUUGGAAUGCCCUCCAACAGGUUACGACACUUACACUUCAAGAUUUGCCUGGCUGUAGUCUCUCUACAUUGUCAGAAUGUUCAAGUCUUCAAUUAUUGACCCUUAGACGCUGUGGACUAACUGCAUUGGAAGGACUCAGUAACUGCAAAGGCCUAAAGUAUAUUGAUGUGGAGGAAAACAAUAUUCAGACAAUAAAUUGUGAGAAUCUAGAAAAUCUCUGCAUUUUAAUACUGAAUAAAAAUCAACUUGCAUCACUUCAUGGCUUAGAUGGCUGCAGUGAUCUCAGAAAUCUUGAACUGUCCUCCAAUAAAAUCACUCGAAUUGGUGGUUUAGAGUCAUUGAAAAAUCUCCAGCAACUAAUUGUGGACCACAAUCAGUUAAUCAGUACGAAAGGUCUAUGUGAUGUGCCAACUCUCAUGCACAUAGACUGCUCUUUUAAUCAUCUUACUCAACUUGAGGGCAUUGAGAAUUGUGGUCUGCUUCAGAUUCUGAAGUUACAAGGAAAUAAUCUAAGUGAGCUCCCUACCUUAGAAAAUCAUGUUCUGCUAAGAGAACUAUACUUGGAUGACAAUAGUAUUUCAACUAUGGAAACAUUUUCUUUUUAUUGGCUGCCUCUGCUACAGAUCCUUUCUCUAUCACAAAACAGUUUGACUCAGCUUGCACCCCUAUUUUCAUGUGUAUCUUUGGAAAAGCUUAAUAUCAGCAACAACUGUUUGUCAGACCUUGAGAGUGUCAUCAUAUGGUUUAGUGGAUGUCAAAAACUAAGUGAGUUGUCACUCAAUGGAAAUCCAGUUCUCCAAGAAAAAAAUUGGAGGUGUUCCCUACUUAAAAUACUUCCUAUUUUGCAAUUACUUAAUGGUGAAAACCUAAAUUCUCCUGAAAAACUCUCAACUGAAAGAAUCAAAGAGUCAGAACCAGGAAGCUUUUUGAAAUUUUGUCAAGCCCAGAUUGAAGAAAUUGACUCAAUAAAAAAGAAGACCAUUGAACAAGGAAAUGCUUCUUCCUUGGAUGCUGCACAGAGUCAGUGCUGGUAUUUUAAGGAGCUGAUGAAACUUAGUAAUGAACACCGAUAUGCACAUGAAUAUGGAGACCUAAACAUUGCUGACAGAGAUGAACCAGAAGCACAGCAAGAUCAUUUGAAGCAAACAGCCACCGACAGGCUACAGCAAAAUAACCUCUUUAUCGCUGGUGCAAAGGAAAAUAAGCAGGGCUUGUUGAAUCCUUCUGAAAGAUGGAUUACUACAGGCCACAUUCAGCCUAUGUGCAUUAACUCCUCCGUACCUGUGCCUCAAAAAAAAAGUAAUCAAGAGCACAAAAUAAAGAAGAGAAGUACUGAAUGUUACAUCAGUCACAAAGGGGAGAGCAAAGAUAACAAUAAAAUAUCAACCCCAACUACAAGAAAUACAUUCAGAGAGACAGUUAUUGCAAGUAAUGAGGGAGAGAAUCUCCAGCAUGUUGAGUACAGUGUGGAAAACUUGGCAGCUACACUAAUCCAGUCAUGUUGGCGAGGCUACAUAAUUCGCAGAGAUAUUCAUUUCUGUGCUAGACUACAUACGGCAGCAUCAGAGAUCCAGUGUGCUUGGCGGAAGUACCUUGCCAGGAGAAACGCUGUCUGCUGCAAAAAAGAAAGCCAUGAACUGACAGACGCUAUAGAACAGAAGCAUAAAGCUGCUGCCCUUAUUCAGGCAUUUUGGAAGGGUUUCCUCUUGCGGAAGAAACUAGCCAGUGCUCUUGCAGCUGUUAAAAGUGAUGAAGUGGAGGAUGACUAUGAAGAAGUAAAUGUGGAUGAUUUUACAUUUGAUGAAGCUGCCUUAGAGAGAGAAUGGCUAGCUUUGGAUUCCACCCGCUUCCCUUCAAAAACACUGCUGCUCACAAACCAGCUGCACUGGCCAAAGUAUGCUAGGCCUUUCAGUUCAGAUCAUAAUUCAUUUAAUUUACCAUGGCCUCCACAUGAAGCCUGGCAGUGUGAUGAGAGACCACAUUCAUUGUCAUCAGAAAACACCCUGUUUAGUACCAGGUUAGAGAAGAGAGCUAUGUCACGUCUCUCUGACUUGCAACCCAAAAAGAAAUUAUCUUUCAAAUCGGAAAAAGAAGAGAAAAUUUCAGAAGAAUGGGGUUUUAAAGAUAUUGCCACUGCACAGCUAAUGCUGAAGAGGGCCCAUAAAAUGAAAUCCAAGAAAUCUAGUACUAAAAAUCUAGACCCAGCUGUGCGCCUGGCGUUGUUCAGAAACAAUGAAAAUAAACAUCCCCCUGUGAAACCACCAAGGAAGAGACAGCCAGCAAAAGAGACAGCCAGCAGUUACUUUGAAGGCGUGGAAUCAGCUGUGCAAGAUGGAGAAACAGAAUGGAUCUGUUAGGAAGUCAGUAAUCCUACUGAAAAUGUUCAGUGUCUGGAUCCACUUCCUUUGCUACUCCUCAGAAAUUCAGGCACUAUACUCUGAUGCCUUUAUUAAGAUUUACUCGCAAUUGGCGACCUACUGACACAGAAGUACAUCCAUCAGGAUACAUCUGAACCUCUUAGUGCACAUGCACUCUCUGUAUAGUCUUCAGAUUCAGUGAAAAUAACUCAUUAAGGUGGCUUCACUCCUGAGUGUGCACAGUGUUCAAUGUCACAAGGUUAAUCUCUAUUAGUCAUAUUGUUUUAUAUUGUUAGUUGUAGCCUGCAGGCUGGAAAUUUCUUAAUAAGCCUGAGUAUCUAAUUAGUAAUACUGUGUCCUCUGUCAUCUUAUGAUCACUGAUCACUAAAUUAUAGAAAGCAUAAUAAGAAAUACAGAAAGCAUAAUAAGUAUUAAGGGCAGUUUUUCAUAAAUAUUCGUUUGAAAACUAACAGGUUCUACUUUAAUUAAAAAUUGACUGAUAAGAGACAAAUGUGUUAAUUUCUCUAUACAUUGCAAAUGAAAAUAAAAUUAGAGGAAAGAUGAUUGUGUGGUUACAGCACAGGACUGGGAUUCAGGAAAGCAAGUAUGAAAUCCUGACCCUUGUGAAAUGAAUAGCUAAACUCCUGUUGUCUUCAGUGGGUCCAGGAUUUCAUAGAUCCUGGCUGUGACACAGACAACUUGUAUGACUUUAGGUAUGUCUCUUAAAAUACGUCUGCCUCAACUUUCUCAUAACUCAUACUUGUAAAGCACAUCUACAUCCACAGACAGAAGGUGUUACUUAAGUGCAAAAUGUUGUUAUACUGUAUUUAUUAUUACUAGGCUUAACUUAAACCCAUGAAAACUGAGACUUGGGACUGCCGCUUUGUCUUUAAAUUUCUUUGCUAAACUAGGCCAAAUACAUCUGGUAAUUUAGGAUUCCCUUGUUUGGUUAAUUUAAGUACGCAUUUUGAAAAUGUUUUUACAUAAACAUGUUUAACAUAUGUAAUUUCUUACAUUGUAGUAAUGAAAGGAAAUAGAUUGGAAAAUAUAAGUAUGUAGUAAGUAAAUAACAUUUACUUAUUGAUUCAAAUUCCUAGUGGUUGUCUGGAUAUAAUAUCUUCAGAUGAAAGCUGAUAGAAGUGUCAUUGAGAUUGAGAUAUUUUCAGUAACCUUUACUAGUACUAUGAAACAGAUAAGCUUUCAUUAUAUCAGGAUGUGUAUGUCAUUCAAAAGGUAGAUAAGAAUAUUAUGAAAGGUAGCUAAUACUCAUGGGUAUUAACUGUUUUCAAGGUUUAAUAACUUUACCAUUUUCAAUUAAAGCUUAUAAAAGGCCUUAGUUCCCAGAAAGCACAAAUUGUUUGUAUGUAUCCAGUUUCUAAAAUUGUCAUCUUUUAUUUAGAUCUGGUCUAAAAAGCCAUCAGUAACCACACUGCACUGUACUUGUAUGGCAGACUAUGGAAGCAAUAUCUGAUCCUUACUGUAUUGCGCGGUGAAAGUGACAGAAUAAUGCAUUU